UCACCCUUAUCGCCAGAUUUACGACACCAUUAGUAUUGUAUGACUUAAAUCGCCAGUUAGCACCAAGAUGUCUCUGCGUCAUAUUGCCUUGUUUGCCGCCAUUGCUGGCGUCACUACGGGUAUAUACCCGUACUUUGAUACUCAGGACUUCAUCUACAAUAUCCCCAAGGUGUUCAGGAUCUCGAUCACACUGGACAAACUCCUGGAGUACUACGAGAACAAGCCGUCUAAAGAUCCCGAGUGGUAUAUUGCCGUGGAAUUGGCUAGAGGUCAAAUGGAGUAUGUAAUAAAUGAGCUGGACAAAUCUGUCCCGCUGAAGCUGAAGGAGAACCUUCAGAACCUGACGCGCCGCAUGGACCGCAUCCGGAACAGCACCGACGUGGGCAGGCUCGUCUACCGGAGCAAGGACUAUGAAUAUGUAGCGAAGGCCCUGCUGGACAACAUAGCGAGCGUGGCGGGUGCGCUGGAGCCGCUCACGCUGGGCACGGUCGGCACGCAGAAGCCGUACCGCUUCGGCUUCGAGCAGUACGUGCAGGAGGCGCGGACCAAGAUGCCGAGCAGGCAGGCUGCUGACGCCUGCAUGAUGCAAAUGCUCCUAACAGUCCUGGAUGGCCAGACAGACCAGUCUGAAGACACCUGCGAGCUGUCUCCAGAGUGCAGCCAGCAGCUCAUCACGGGGUCAGCCCUGGCCUUCCAGCAGACCACCCGCAUCAGGGCAGCAGUGCUCGCCAGGCACUUCGACUGCCUGGAAGCCAUGGACCUGCCGGCGCAUAUUUACAAGCUCUGCAUCCAAGUCUACAAGGAGGCCAAGUCGCUGGAGGCGUGGGACCACCCGGCUGGGACGAGGACUCUGUUUAUGCAGCAGAUAAACUAUUGCGCGGCGCAAGGCUACGGCGAGUUCAUCAAGCCUCGCUGGAUGAACAAGAUCCUGGCGUGGCAGGAGGGGCGGGGGUGCUACUCGGACGAGCGCCAGCCCUUCAUGAGGCUCACCGGGUUCGUGGGACCUGCCAGUGGAGCCGCCAACCCUGAUAGACAGGAGGAGUAUAAGCUCAAGAAGGCGGCGGAGUCAGCCGGCGGGACGUGCAACUCGCUGGCCUCGGCCAUGGCGCUGGGCUCGCUGGUGGUCUACGUGCGAGCACUGCUGGAGUCCGACCAGGCAUUCCAGUAUGAUAUACUGGAAUAACCUUGGGAGUUUUGUUGUUAAUGUGAC